AUAAAAACUCCCGGCUGUCAGAGGUGCAUGUGCUUUUUUUUGAAAAUUUUUCACGUUUUUUGUUUACCCGCCAGUUUUUCUGCAUUUCAACCAGUUUUCCGCCCAUUUUCUCACGCAUUUCCCACAGUUAACUCCCCGAAAUGCUUCCCGGAAGAGAACGAGCUAAUCUGGCGCAUAUGUUCAGAGAUUUGGGCGGUGAACCGGCAGAAGAGGAAUUGUCAACAAACACACAUUUUCCUCAUCUCAAUACCAAGGAAUACCUCCGGAGGAUGAAGAUUCCGGAAGAUAGCACUAUUGCUCAGGAGUUCCAUGAGUCCUUCGAUAUCAACUUAGCCGGGAAGACAGUUGUUGCCAUCAAUGACUACCGAGCUCGUUUCUGGGUGGGACAUUUCUGGGGAUACGAAACAACUGAGGACUACAAGCAGAGAGCCAGUAAUCCAAGGGAGCACAAGCCCAUCACGACUUCUCCUAUCAAUGUCAUUAGGUUCAUCCAGGACAAUUUGAUAGCCCUGGGAAGGGUAACAGGGACCGUUGAGGUUUGGUCCACAAAUACCUCCGUCGAGGGAUACUUUCCAAUUGACCAGAAGAAUGAGCAUAUAGGAUCUGUCCUGGACAUCGAUGUCUUUCUGAAUCAGGACGGAGAAAAGAAGAACAGUCUGAUCGUUUCCGUGGACAGCGAAGCCUGCAUAAAGAUUUGGGAGGUCGAUUACAUGGAUGUUGUAUCGACUAGUACAUUCCGUCAUGCCCAUGGAGGUGCCAUAACGAGCGUCUCGACCCGUCCAGGAUCUGAUGAUGUAUUCGUCACGGCCUCUCGAGACAAGAGUUCAUGUCUCUGGGACUUGCGUCUGGCCUCAAGGCCUGCAAGUGGUCUUCUUCAGAAGCACAAGAAUGCUCUGACUGCCGUCUGUUGGACUUUGGGGAAUAAUGGGGAACAGGAAGAGAGUUCUGUGGUAAAAUUGGGCGAUGCUGCUGGCUCGAUACUCACAGUUGAUGUCCGGAAGCCCAAUGAAGUUGUACAGGAAUUUUCUGCCUUUGAGCGUCCAGUUAAGAGAAUCAAAGCGACAAAAGGGAAGUUUGCAGUCUGUGGACAUACGAAUUCCUUCAAAGUGUUUAACAAUGAUGACCAACUGAUCCUGGAAGAUGCUACUAGCCAGGAUUUUGUUCGUGAUAUCACGUUCCAGGGGGAUAGAGUACUGAGUCUCUGCUGGGAUGGAAAUAUUGUAGAAAAGGAUAUUUGAAAAUUAAAGAUAAUUUUAAUUGUUUUUUUCUUUUGAUUGAAAAUAGGUAGAUAUUUUUAAAAAUUUCUAUUUUAUUAUCGUAUCUCAUCAAAUACACUCUUAAACACUAAUAUCAA